AUGAGCAACCAAGACACGAUCAUGGGCAACGCGCCCCUCACACCACGCGACGAGCCCGAACUCACAUCCCCAAUGGUCGACUUCUCACCAUCGACAGUCCCAUAUGACGAGGCCUUUGAGAACGGCCUCAUGGAUAUAUUACUCAACCCUCCGUCUCAACCAUCCCCGAGAAAGCCCUCGGACGAUACCCCUACAAUCCCCGCGUCACAACUACCCAUACCACUCUCCUCCAACCUCCGUACACAUACUUCCGCCAUACCGGGCCUGUACGUCACCCACAAGAAUGGAUAUCACACAGGCGGCCCAGGUCCAUCGCCCCACACUAUCGAGGAGUUCGCAGAUAGAUUCAUUAGAGAGCAUGGCAUCGAAGACGCGGGGCAGUUGGAGAGGGUAGUGGAGGAUGUCGUCCGGCACAAGCUGGAAGAAGCUAAGCAGAGGAUGGAGAAGAGGAAGGAGCUUGUAGAGAAGAACAGAGGUAUUGAGAGGGAGUUGGAGGAUCUGAGGUUACAGAGGAGUGCUGAGCUGAGGGUUAUGGAGAGAGUCAAAGGGAAGAGGAGAUGA